AUGAAUACUAGAACAAGUUCCCGCAUAGAACUUCAAAUUCACUAUGAAGAUCAUCAACAAGGUCUUAAAAGUGAGAACUACAUUUUAUGUUCAUCGACCGACACUAUUCGUGAUGUUAUUAAAAAGUUUUUGAAAACUGCCAACCUUGAUUAUAUUGAUUCUGGAAAUGUUUCACUAGUUGAAUUACGUAUGGGAAAUCAACGUUUACCUGCACCUUUAUUCAAUAUUUACACGACAUUGAAUCAACUUAACAUUCGACAAGGAUAUACUCUCUGUUUUGCGCCAUUAUGUGAAUUCUCAUCAUCAAGACUUUCACGUUUACGAGUUUAUGAUCCUAAUCAUAUCGACAAAAUAGAAUAUACAUGGAACAAACAUAUAACAACAUUACAAAUGCUUCUUGAAUAUAUAAUUAAAGUAUUUUCGUUAGAUUCAAUCGAACGCCAGCGCAUUCAUCUUUUUAUGGAUUUCGACGAACUCGAUCUAACAUCAAAUUCUGAGAAGCUUUUAACUGAAUUAGACGUUACCGACCUAACAUUGAUUGAGGUCGCAAUUAUUCCACCAUGUUCAAUAUCAGUUUCGCAUCCGAAUACUAGCACGUCUGAGAUGCAGUGCUCGGUUUUGGCUAGUCAAAAUUGUACUUACGAUUCACAACAUGAUAAGUCAAAUGAAUGCAUAGAGCUCGAACUACAAUACACUGAUCAAAAACAAAAUUUAAAAAAAUUAGUGAAAAUUCAAUUCUCGCCUACAACUAAAAUUGAUGAUGUCAUUAAAAAGUUUUUGAAAACUACCGACCUUGAUUAUAUCGAUUCUGGAAAUGUUUCGCUGGUUGAAUUACGUAUGGGAAAUCAAUGUUUACCUGCACCUUUAUUCCAUACAUACAAGACAUUGGAUCAACUUAAAAUUCGACAAGGAUACACUCUCUGUUUUGCGCCAUUACGUGAGUUGUCAUCACCAAGGCUUUCACGUUUACGAGUUUAUGGUCCGAAUCAUAUCGGCAAAAUAGAAUAUGAAUGGAACAAACGUACAACAACAUUACAAAUGCUUCUUGAAUAUAUAAUUAAAAUGUUUUCGUUAGAUUCAAUCGAACGCCAGCGCAUUCAUCUUUUUAUGGAUUUCGAAGAACUCGAUCUAACAUCAAAUUCUGAGAAGCUUUUAACUGAAUUGGGUGUUACCGACCUAACAAUGAUCUCUGUUCAAAUCGUAUCAUCACUUUCUUCAUCGAUGAUUCAUGUUGAAUGCACUUCUACGAAUGGAACAUUCUUGUUCGAUAUACCUCAUACAACAACAAUUGAGAUGCUUAGAAAAGAAGCCGAACAAAGAUUCACAGAUUAUUGUCUCUGUGAUUUUACGCUUUUCGAUCGUACGAAGGUGAAGAUAAACUUGAGUGAAUCGAAUCGCACGCUUUUAUCCUUAGGAAUAAAUUCUGGUCAAACUAUUUAUGCUAGUUGUCGUCUGAUUUCCUAUAAUAGUGGCUUAUCUACCGCGGAUGACCCGAAUAAAAGGGUUCCGCGAGCUUCGUCGCUAAUCUCGAAAUAUCAGCCAGAUGAUGUCGGGAACGUUACUAAAACCUCAACUAUGGAAUCUACUAGGACUGAAGUAUCAGUGAACAACAACAAUAACACUGUAGAUGAUUCGACAAAAAAUAUCGAAUUUCUGAAGAAAAAUGAGCCAUUCACUGCAUCAAAAAUACCAUUCAGAUCAAUUGUUAGUGAUGAUAACGAACCAACUCCAUGUUUAGUUGAUUUUAAAAUUAAAUCUGGUAACAUAAUUACUGCUAGUACAAUAGCUGAGACGCCACCUCGUCCUGUAAGUGACAACAACCGUAUUUCUACAUCUUUUGUUCCGACCCAAGCAGACAAGGAUUGUCAAAAACGCGUUUAA